AUGACCGCGUCACGAGUCAUCAAGCUCCCUCGGGACGACGACGAAUCCGCCUAUGUUCUUAUCCAGGUCGUUCAAAAGGGCUCUAAACCCUUGGACGUGAAGCUCGUUGGAACAGAAGGCGCAGCUCCAUAUGCGACAACUUUGAAACAUGAUCGCGUGUCUUCGCUACGAGUUGCAAACUGUCCCGUCUCCGAGUCGGAAUGGCAGACAAUAUUACAAUCUUUGUUCGAUUUACAGCCAGCUGGGGAUAUACAAGCCACAGCUAGCAUCAAAGGCGAGGCUUCGCUCUCUAUCACGGUUCGAAAGCGAGUGCAAGGAAUCACACAACGACUCGGCUCGAUAGAUCUCAAGUACAACGAAAACGAAGGCAUCGAGCUCUUUGAAUGGUGUGCCGACUCAAUCGAUGCACUGGCACAGAGCAAACAAGCCCUCGCCGAAGCCACCACUCAUGCAACGGAGCUUGAAAGUACCGUGAAAGAACUCAAGACACAGCUAGACGAGCUGGUAACGUCGAAACAAGAAGACGAAACAGCGCUGCUUAUGAAGUUUAGAGACCUACUCAAUGAGAAGAAGGUGAAGAUACGGGAGCAACAAAAGAUCCUCACUACCGGCUCGUUCCAAAACAGCCAGCCAGCAUCGCAACGGGCCCCUCAGCAGGUCGAGUCUGGGCCAUCUCACGCCCCUGCCCCGUCCAGGCCUAGGAAACGAAAAGUCGAAUCCCCGCGGCGCGAUGCAGAAGAGGCGGAGGAAGACGACGAGAUGGAGCUGGACAAUAUCAAGGUCGAGCCCCAGAGCAGCGACCCGGAGGACACUCCAGAAGACACGGCAUCUACUGCUAGCGAGGAUGAGGACGAAGGCGAUGACCGGGGCAAUAAUGCUGCAACCCCCAAGGCAACCCCCAAGGCACCAUCCAAAGCACCGCCUCCCACCAAGAAAGCGGAUGAACAGCCACCCGCUCCGAGGCACCUCCCCUUUACAAGAAACGCAAAGGCGACCCCGGCGAAAGCACCAGAGGCAGAUAUCGAGACAGAAUCCGACGAUGAGCUAUGA